AUGAAGAUUAUAAUUUUAUUAAUAUUUUUUUCAUAUAUUUUUUAUUCGGAAUUUCAAAUCAGUGGUCACGGAAUGACGAUUUCAGCCGUUUGGGCCUUUUUAGUUUUUAUUUUGACAGCUGGUGCAAUUGCUUUGCAAUGGAGCGCAGAGUUACCACCAAUACCACGUAGAUUCGGUAACAAAACGGGAUGUUAUAUAAAAGAAAUGCAUGAUGUGAUCAACUUCAACGAAACUGUUCCCGUUCUUGGAUAUUGUUACGUAGUUCAUUGCACUGUCCAUGAGAUUGAAUAUUUAUCGUGCGGUUGGUCUUCUUAUGAGAACGAUACUAGGGAUUGUAUCAUCAUUGAAGCAAAAAUGGAUGAACCUUACCCCAAAUGCUGUCCACAAGUCGUCUGCAUAGACAGAGAUGUACCUUGGUUAAAUAAGAAUAAAACAGACACUUAUCGUAAAACAAAAGAGAUCGUAUGGAAACUGUAA